UGAAUCACCACUGUGAGUGAGCUGGUUUCAGUGCAGUUCUGCCUUGCUUCGUUGUCAUCACAUAGCUGCAACAGCUAUAGUGUGUUUCUGGGAACAUGAAGAGAGCAAGAAUUUAUUCAAAUUUUGCACGGAUUAAGUCAGGUAGAGCUGUGAUGGAGCCUUCAUUUUCCUGUGCAUCUGUAUACUUUGUGGCCAUUCUGCUCUUACAGAUGGUGCUAACUUCAGAGCAAUUCACUGUGAGUACCCCCAGCAGACACCAGGUGGUCAUGGUAGGUGAACAUGCUGAGCUCAGCUGCCAGCUGUCCCCCCCACAGAGUGCAGACCACAUGCAGGUGGGCUGGUAUCAAGAUCACUACCAACCAGUUUCCAUUUACAAGAAAGAGGAUGACAUUCAGAACUAUGAGAAUCACACAGUGAUCCUGAAAGAGGCCUUGGGAGAGGGAAAAAUGACCCUCAGAAUCUACAAAGUCACUGUUUCUGAUGGGGGGCAGUACCACUGUUUUUUUAAAGAUGGUGAUACCACUGAAGAAGCCACUGUGGAGCUGAAGGUAGCAGCUGUAGGCUUGGAUAUACAGAUUAAUGUUCAGGUUUCUGACACAAAAGAGCUCAUGGUGGAGUGUAACUCAGGAGGGUGGUUUCCACAAGUCCACGUGGAGUGGAGAGACAGCAGAGGAAAUGUAAUUCCAGCCUCAUCAAAAAUCUUCUCUGAGGAUAGAGAUGGAUUAUUGCACCUGAAGAUGAGCAUUCUUCUCCAAAACAACACCCAUGGUCCUGUCACUUGCUGCUUGCGUAACCCAGUUACUGGUCAAGAGAAAAGGGCAGGUAUUGUCCUACCAGAUAUCCUGUUAAAAUCAGAAUAUAAGUCAAUAAUAUCAAGCAUGAAUUUGUGGCUCUUGGUGUAUUUAAUCAUUGUGCAUGCUCUUCUAUGUUUCAGAUCACAAGUUGUACAAGAUAAAUAUCCCAUUCUUUUUGAAAUUGUGUUUGAGUGUUUACCAUUCCUGAUGCAUGUUAGCAUCCUUCCUGUCUACUGGAAAUUAUGGAAUAGAGCCUCUAUUUUGGAUGGCCUAGCCCCAUUCUAUAGUAUUUGGUUGUGUGAUAUGUCUGUGACCCUGACCACACUGAUCAUAUUUUUCACUAUACUCAUUUUUUUCCUAUUUUGGACCCUAAAAGAUUAACAAUUAUGGAUAUCCAACUACUUGUCUGAAACAGAGGACACUUGAGGACAGUAGAAUUGGUGAUAUAAAACUUUGAGGAAAGGCAAUUCGGACUGAGAAUCUGGACUUCCGUGCAG